AUGCCUCGCGGAUUCCUAGUGAAGAGACACCGGCGUUGCCCGGCAUCGUACAGAUCGCGGAGCGUAACCAUAGAGACAGACGCGUCGUGUGACAAUGGCAUCGCAUGGGUCGGGAACACGCGAGAAGAAAAUACAGAAUCAGCGCUGGUCAAUGAAAAUCCGCCACAGCACCAGGACAGGGUGAUGAUGAGCGUUUUCCCAUUCGCCCCGACAGAGGUAGGCCCGCGCGCUGUUAGCCGCGAGGAUCCCGCGCGAGUCACAGCAGCGUGGAGCCCCCCGCACGUGGAGUCGGCGCGAGAGGCGGAGGGGGAAAGAAGGCGGCGCGCGCAGCUACCGGAGUUCGAGUUCGAGGAGUCGGUGACCGAAGUGAACGUGUUGGCUCCGACCGGUGAUUUCUCCCGCUUUUGCUUACCCGCCGCCCCGACUCGCCACGCGCUGACUUUAACCGAGUCGUACAGCCCCGUCAAACCGGUGGGCACGAGACUGCUGGACGUCCACGAGGAAGACCAAAACAAUCUUCUGUUCUCCGGGCGAUACCUGACGACGUCGGCCCCGCUGGGGGCGGAAACACCCACCGGGGUACCGGAGCUGCCGUUCCUGUUGAGUUCCGCGUCGACGUCCGUCUCCAUCGAGAGACUGCUGACUCACCACCGCCUCGCGCCGUGUUACGGUGAGAACCCCGACGACCGCGGGAAAAACGACGCCACCAUGAACACACUGUUCCCGCCGCUGACGUUGAUCAACCACAACAACCAGCAGCAGCAGUUUGCGUUGAAGAAACGCGCGGGGGGGAUCGAGCAUGAGCAGCGCUCUAGCCACAGACCCGCCAAACCAUCCGCGGGCCAGCCCGCCAAAAAAACAAAACUCCACCGGAAGUUAAACUUUGAGGACGAGGUCACGACCUCGCCCGUGUUGGGGCUCCGCAUCAAGAAGGAGUGCCCCGAGUUCAGGAGGCUCCAGCGGGAGAAGUCGUCGCUGUCCACCGUGGAGAACAAGCCGCUCGGCGAGUUCAUCUGCCAGCUGUGUAAGGAGGAGUACCCCGACCCCUUCUCCCUCGCGCAGCACAAGUGCUCGCGGAUCGUGCGCGUGGAGUACCGAUGCCCUGAGUGUGAUAAAGUGUUCAGCUGCCCUGCCAAUCUGGCAUCCCAUCGUCGCUGGCAUAAACCGCGCCCGGUGACCGGCCAGGGCAAAGAGACGACCCAGCAGGGGGCGAAGAACAAGUCCCGGACGACGUCGGAGGGCCGGGGGGGGCUCGUGCAGGACGACCGGCCGCCGACCUUUUUAGAAAUGGAGGGAAAAGAGAACGAACUGUUGCGCGUGAACGGCCAUCCGCACUCCGGCACGCUCUUGAACAACUCUUGCAACUCUUUUCACUCUCAGCUCCACGGCGUGGUCCCGGUAGACAGCCUGGACGGUGACGGGCUCGCGCCACCCGGGUACGACUCUUCCUCGCGCUACGGGAAUUCGGUCAGAAGCGGAAUGGAGCUACAGCAGCAGAGCACGAGAGCGACGGACAGCCCACCCUCGAGCCUCCUACCGGUCAGCAAAAGUCCGAAUGAGCGCGUGGAGCAACCCGCAUCCCCGCAACAACAACUUCCCCCGACCGCGUUCGUCCAGUCGCUCCCCGAAGAGGACAUCUACGAGUGUCAAUACUGCGGGAAAAAGUUCCGGAGACAAGCGUAUUUAAGAAAACAUUUGGCCGCUCACGAGAUGACCGCGCGGGCCUCUUCUUCACCCCCGCUACCGUACGGCUCGGCGCACGAGGGCCACCACAGACCCAAUCCCAUGUGCGCGUGUCACUUGUGCGGUGCCCGUUUCCCGUCCGUGGAAAUCCGGGACAAACACCGGCUGUGGCACGCGAUGAGGGACGAGUUACUGGGCGCGGGGACGAUGGGGAGCGGGAUCAGAGCCGAAGUUCUGCACGCGCACAGAGAGGACAACGGCCCGGUGGAAUGUGACUCGCCGCCGCAGCAGAUCUUCCCGUGCAAACACUGCCCCUCCACGUUCUACAGCUUCCCGGGACUCACACGACACAUGGCCAAGUUUCACCCAACCGACAGCCGCCAGGUGAUGCUGAUGCAGAUGGCCAUCAGGCCGUGA